AUGGUUCCACUUUUUUGGAAAAGAAGGCUUCAAAUUUGCAUUGGUGUGGCACGUGGAUUGCACUAUCUACACACAGGAGUCAGGGGAGCUAUUGAUGUUGCAAGCUCAUCUCUUGUUGCUAGAAACCAUGAUACUUUCGCAUAUUGUGAUCCUGAGUAUGCAGCAUGUGGCAUCUUGACUGUGAAAUCAAAUGUGUUUUCGUUUGGUGUGGUUCUGUUGGAAGUUGUGAGUGCAAAGGAAGCACGAGAUUUGUAUUUGGAAUGUGAGGUGGGAUGUGUGGUGGGUGAUGUCGGGUUGGAUGAGGACAGAGGAGAUGACAUAUUUAGUGCUGGGAAAUUAUCAUAUGGGGUAUAUGGAUUGGGCCAAGAAGGUAAGGGAUCUAAGAAAAUUGGGUAUGUAUGA